GGAACAUCUUAUUAAAUACUCAUACCUAUAGCUGUACAAUCCCCAUUUUAAAAUCCUUCUAUUUAUCUAUCGAAAUUGAGAGUCAAAAUUUGUUGUUAAAAAAAGUCAAAUUCAAAUCGAUAGAGUUUUAGUUCAAUUGAAUUGUAAUAGCAAUAAUAAUAAUAAUAAUGGGGAUAUGGGAAGCUUUUAUGAAUUGGCUCAGAAGCCUAUUCUUUAAGCAAGAAAUGGAGCUUUCUUUGAUUGGACUCCAGAAUGCUGGCAAAACUUCACUUGUUAAUGUUGUUGCUACCGGCGGAUAUAGUGAGGACAUGAUUCCUACAGUUGGAUUUAACAUGCGCAAGGUAACUAAAGGGAAUGUAACAAUAAAGUUGUGGGAUCUUGGAGGUCAACCCCGGUUUCGCAGUAUGUGGGAGAGAUACUGUCGUGCAGUAUCUGCCAUUGUUUAUGUUGUGGAUGCUGCAGAUCAUGAUAAUUUGAGCACCUCAAAGGGUGAACUCCAUGAUCUGCUGAGCAAAUCGUCCUUGAGUGGUAUACCUUUGUUGGUUUUGGGCAAUAAAAUUGACAAGGCUGGUGCCCUCUCUAAGCAAGCUUUGACUGAUCAGAUGGAUUUGAAGUCUAUUACAGAUCGAGAAGUGUGUUGCUUUAUGAUCUCGUGUAAGAACUCAACAAACAUCGAUUCAGUCAUCGAUUGGCUUGUGAAGCAUUCAAAAUCCAAAAGUUAAGGAUCAAGCUUGAAAAAAAGUGGAUUUUAUUUGUGCUGAUUUUUGGGUUGAAUUUGCCAAAUCUGAAUGUGGAAUAGAGGGAUGGGUAUUUUAGUGAGUUUACAUAUCAGUGUCUCCUGAUCAUAUACCUUUGUCCUCUGUACACUUUCUUUGUAUAUUUUUUCAUCCAUUUCUAUUGAUGUUCUAAACAGUUGUUUCAA